AUGUCUCGCAUCCAUACAACAACACAGCCCUUAAAGUGCCGACCGGGUAGCCUGGACAUCAGUCUGGGUCAGCUAACAGUUCAGCAACUCCAGACGGGACUAAUCACCCUGUUUGGUUUGAAUGUGCUGAUGACUUCUGACACUGUAUACUACGAAUCAUCUGGCGCCUCCGCACCAGUUCCAACCAGUACACAGGAGAGACUCGUUGCGUUCACGUGUGAGGAAUGUGGCAAAUGCUGUGAAUCGAAAGCUGGCUUGAUAGCUCACCAUCGAGUCCACGAUAAUGAAAGGGUUGGUACGAACAUGGUUGCCCAAUUGGCAUGCGCUGAUUUUUCCCUGCCUUUUUUCGACGAAUAUUCCGGCAUCCGCUGGUUCCAACAAGAGUCACAAUCACUCUUACGACUGGCUAACAAGUUAUAUCCAUCUUGUGGCACGCAAGCCGAGGCGUUCACGAGAUUGGAGCAGUAUUUUCCUGGUCGAUCGGCUAUCAGCAUCAAAACCAGGUUGCGGGUGCUUAACUGGCAAGCACAACUGCACAAAUCAUCAUCUGGUCGACCUGACCAAACUAUCGGUCAACUGACGGCCUACUUCUUAGAAGCCGAUGACUACAGCGCCUGGUUUAAACAAACCGUGGAUUGCGCCGUGCCACUCUUGGAAUCCCAUGCUGACAGUUCGCUUGCUAGUUUUGACCUUCUGGCAUUUGCCCGAGGGUUGCAGUCUGGCAUCAUGACACCGGAGCAAGUCCUGUGUCGCUUCUGGACCUCCGCACCUCCAGGAUAUUUUCACACACCUGGAAAACUGUAUCCCGACGCCGCCUUAGCUCAUCGGAUCCCGGUCAAACGAAAGCAGUCCGCUGUUCUAGUGUAUAGCUGUGAGACUUUGCCUAUUCGAGCAGCGGAACUGAAACGUCUUCAGGUGUUCGACAAUCGUUGUCUCAGAACCAUAGCUCGUGUGAUUUGGUGUCGGCAAAGCCGUAACGAGGCAGUUAGAAAAAUAAGUCCGACACCAGAAGCUGCGUUGGUUGGGACAUGUGUUGCGUAUACCGAGCCAUCAUUUGCAGAAGAGACUGCUGUUUUCCAUACCCAAUUCGGAGUGGCAGAGAGGUGGCCAACCCUUGACUUGCACAAAUCAUCAUCUGGUCGACCUGACCAAACUAUCGGUCAACUGACGGCCUACUUCUUAGAAGCCGAUGACUACAGCGCCUGGUUUAAACAAACCGUGGAUUGCGCCGUGCCACUCUUGGAAUCCCAUGCUGACAGUUCGCUUGCUAGUUUUGACCUUCUGGCAUUUGCCCGAGGGUUGCAGUCUGGCAUCAUGACACCGGAGCAAGUUCUGUCGCUUCUGGACCUCCGCACCUCCAGGAUAUUUUCACACACCUGGAAAACUGUAUCCCGACGCCGCCGUCAGUUAGCUCAUCGGAUCCCGGUCAAACGAAAGCAGUCCGCUGUUCUAUGCAUAUUAUUACCAUCCGACCGGAGCUUGACCGAGCCAAUUACAGGAGAGGAAGUCCGCCGUACAAUCCGUUUAAUGGGCAAUUCGUCCCCAGGCCUGGACAGGCUCACUCCCAGGAUGCUGUGCCGGUUCAGUGCUUGGUAUUUCUACUUAAUGUCCCAAAUCCGACUUCAGAAGAUCAAUGAGAAGAAGCAGAAGUAUGGUGCUGAUGAAUAUUCCCUAGCCAUAAUCUCAGCCCUACAUGCAAUUGGUUAUGAUGUCGACUUUUUGGUUCACCAACCGACGAUCAUCUCUUAUCGAGGGAUCUGCUUUCCUCAAUCCGCUAAGGCUGUUAUUGGACUGGGACUUUCUAAGGUCACAGUCGGUCACUUGCGUUUGCUACCCAUUGUGGGCUCUCUGCGUACUUAUGACACUUUUAUAUUACGUGCCGCUCACGGAUGUCCUAAGCUCACUUUGGAUCCUGAACUCGCAAGAGGUGCCCAAAAGUGGGCUGAAGAGUUGGCGAGAACUAAACGACUUCAACAUAGCAAUGACAAAAGAUUUGGAGAGAACCUGGCCUAUCAACAAUCCUCUGUAAAAGCGGCUCUCUCCGGUCAACAAGCGACCCAAAUGUGGUACGAUGAAAUUCACGUUCAUCAAUAUGUGGAACAAUUUCAACCCCAGUCUGGUCACUUUACACAAGUAAUCUGGAAAGGAACACAAAAGGCCGGCUUUGGGAGAGCCAGUAGCUCCGAUGGGAAGAGUAUUUAUGUGGUUGGACGGUACACACCCCCUGGUAAUAUGAUUGGAAAGUUUUGUGAAAACGUCCCACGUCCGAUUCGACCAGUUGAAAAAGUGCCAGCCAAGAAACGCAGAAAGAGAGCAAAAUGCGUAAUUCAAUAGAAGCCUUCUCUUCAUCGCAAAGCGGUCUUCCUCAGCUUCAACGCGCAAUCAAUUUGGUUUCAAACUGAUUCUGAAGAAGUCGCACAACUUCCUAUGCCUUCACAUGGUUCCAAAAGCUAGUUUUCAUUCUCAUUGUUUUAUUGCUCUCAAAGGCCAGUUAUUUUCUGUAUAGCUCAUGAUACACAAUAUGUACGACUUUCGAAGGAAAGCACUUAUCUGUUGAUUCCAUUCCUAUACUCGUUUGCAAGUUAUUUUUCUCCCGUACUAUACCAACUAUCUAGAAAUGUCCAGUUAGCGAAGUUGUUCCAACUUUCUUUGCAAUAACAAGACGUUUGGUGGAAUAUAAGCUGUUGUGUCA